CUAUUAGUUUUGUUGUCACCUAAAUUGGAUAGAUUUGUUGAAGAUGCAGGACCUUUUGCAGUCCCAGAUUAAGGACAGUUGCAAGUUGGCACUCCCUGAGGGCCUCAGGGAUUUAAUGUGCGAUAUUUCUAGAGAGGUCUUACGAGCCAGACCACAGGACCUGUACCAAUUUAUCGCUGACUAUCUAGCCGCUAUGUUGGUUGCGCGUGAAACGUUGACCAUUGCUGGACAUGUAUGUAAAGGCAUUUGUAACUGCGGUUGCGAACCGGAGUUGGAUGACGAACUGGGAAAAAUUGGAUUGACACAGGAAGAAAUCGUAGAAGCUAAGACAAUUAUAAUUCAAUAUUUAGAGAAAGAUAAAGUGAAAGAAGAGAAAUUGAUGGCUAAGUUAUUGAGAACAAACAUUGAUAAACAAAAACUACCGGACAUACAAAAAGCUGUUAAGGCCGCCUACAAACGAAACCUACAGCUUACAAACUCUGAUGGUUCAGAUGAUGACGUCACGAAAGCGGCUAAGUACACAUUAGAAUCGUAUUUGAAGUCAGGAUCACCUGAUAGAAAACAUGCUGAAACAAAUGAAGAACAGCCGGCAUUUUAUGACGCUGGACAAAACAAAUACCAUCAAAUAACUGAAGCUUCGUCAUCCAAUAGUUCCCAAUGUAUGUUCAAAAACAUUGCGUAUGAUGGGGGAAUUAAAGAUUUAUAUAUUUCGAGCAAUUGCAAGCCGUCAAAAGAUGAACUUAAAAAUGAAAUAGAUGAAGAGAUUGUAAAAGAUGAUAAGUUUGAAGAAUUCGGUGAUGAAUGUGAAAAUAUUGAUGAUGAAGUUUUAUAUGCUGAUGAUGAAUCUGAUAUAUCCAUCACUGAAGAUAUAUCAGAGACAGAUAUCCAAGAACAAUAA